GUGUGUGUGUGUGAAAUGGAGACAUCGAAGGAUAAGAUGGAGCUAGUACAGACAGUCAUAAAGCAACUAAUGGAGGACGAGAAAAAAGGGAACAAAAAUGGGUCCUCAUCAUCCGAUGAGAGCACCUUGGUCGCUGUCGAUGACGAUGAAGGUCACCACCAUCUCCUCUCCAAAUUGCUCUCUCAGUUGGAAACAUUGAGAGAUGACGAACUUAAGCAGCAUGAACCAUCAACUAAACCAGAGGAGAUACCUUUCCUUUCUAUUUGUGAACAGGAGCCCAAGAGUGAGACUGCCACUGAGGUGGAUGGUGGUGAUUCUAAGAUCGAAAGGGAAGAUAUAGUCAAGGAGCUUAGGAAGAUUAAGAGACAAAAUUUCAUAACUCAAUGCCUUCUUUCGGCCAUGAUUGUCCUCACUGUUGCAUGGCAACUAUCUGAGGUCUCUCUCAUUUUGAAAGUGAAAAAUGGAUUGAGCAACCCAUUGAGGUCAUUCAGAAGCAUGCUUGCAGGGAUGCUAAAAGGCCCAAAUGUGAAUGGCCAGACAGGGGACACACUGUCCACUGUGAAGCCAAAGCUUGUUGAAGGCUCAACACUACCCGCUCUCAGAAUUCCAGAACUGCCCCAUCUGGAAUUGCCUGUUUCGGAUUUCAAAGAUAAUGAUGAGUGAGCUAAUCGCAUCUUAUUGUGUUUGAAAUGAAAGCAGUGUGGGAAGGUAAAGAAAUGGGCAAAAGCUGUGUGAUUGUGUCUCCUCUAUUGAUCAUUUCCUCUGCGUUUUACCAUGUUGUACAGAAGAACGGAAUAGAUAUCUACUGUGCUGUACAAAGCUUUGUGGAAGAGUUCACAGAAUAUUGGAUGAAGAGGUGUUUUCUUUUCUUUCAAGAGCCCAUUGCCAGUUGUUUCGUUAUUCUAAUACGAGCGCCAGGUGACCCAUAACAUUUUUCACAGUUUUUGUCACAAAAUUUGAACUCAAUUGUGGUUGGAUGGCAUUCAACCUGAAUGCUCAUGAAUUCUGUCGACACAAGCUUGAAUAAGAUCUAAUCUUG